UCCGGCAGCAGGGCCUGCAAAAAUAGCCGGAGCCAUCACAGGCGCCUACUUGGAAGAGAGCCCUGGCUUCCCCUGGUCCUUGCCUCCCUCCAGCUGUCACUCUCCAUCCUGCCCUUUAAGGCCAAAAGGCUUGGAAGAAAGCCCUCCCUACCCCGUCUCUUGUCCGCUGCCAUUCAUCCUUACCACAUUGUCGGCAGCAAAAGGCCAGCAAAGCCAUUCCGACCCCUCCAGCCAAUUAACUGUAAGUCCCCAACGUCCCCCACCCAUUACCACUUCCCAUUUUCCAGGGCCUCCUUUCAGCAGUCAGGCUUAUGCUGCCCCCUACUUCUGGGAACUUGGUAUCCCUGGCUGCUCGACCCUACUCUCUCAUGCUUGCUUUCUUCUUGUUUCUUCCCAGUUCCCAUUCAGAGUCUAGCUCAGUGAGUAGAUCCACAGACUCUGAAGCCAAGUUACCUGGGCUCAUAAUUCUGGCUUUAUUUACCACUGACUAGCUGGGUGACCUCGGUUAACUACAUAACCUCUUUGUGCCUGACUUGCCCAGUCUUAACUGGGGGUAGUAAUAGUAGGUAAGGAUGUUGCAAGCAGUGAGGUUUUGUGUGUGUAAGGUUCUUAGAAUAUUGGCAGACCUACAGUAAGCUAGGGCUUCACUAAAAUGGAAGGAAACCCUGAGAUUCCUUUGAUCCAGAGGGGACAAGGCUUAAGCCAGAAGUCAAAGCAGUUAUUUCGCUGGACUGAGAUGUCGGAGGAGACAGUGAAAAGGAAGCCCUCUGGGGCAGAGCGGAAGCAGGCUGAUGCUGGGGAUGGCAAUGGCACUGGUGAAUGCGCACUCCCCAGCUCCUCUGAAUCUGAAGAAGGAGGGGCCGCGGACAGGGAAGGAGGAUCGCUGCUCUACUUGGGGACAGGGGUUCAGGCUACCACGAAAGAGCUCAGGCCUCGGACAAGAGCCGCUAUGCAAACAGUUCAGGCAGUUGCGGUACGAAGAGACCACAGGGCCCCGCGAGGCGCUGAGCCGGCUGCGGGAGCUCUGCCGACGCUGGCUGCGGCCCGAGACGCACAGCAAGGAGCAGAUCGUGGAGCUGCUGGUGCUGGAGCAGUUCCUGACCAUCCUGCCCGAGGAGCUGCAGGCCCGGGUGCGGGAGCGCCGCCCGGAGAGCGGGGACGAGGUGGUGGUCGUGCUGGAGCACCUGCAGCCAGAGCUUGGGAAGGCAGGACAGCGAGUGGACCCAGACCAGGCAAAGAAGCAGAAGGUGCUUGCAGAGGAGGCGGCCCCUGUGGCAGCGGUGCGGGAGCCGCAGGUCCAGGCUGAGCGGGACGUUCCGGGGCCUGAAGAAGAGAAGGGUGAGGGGACAAAGACUGAGAAUGGGAAGAUGGCUGUACAGACAGACUCUCAUGGAGGAGCGGAAUCAUCUGGGAAAGUGUCUGAACCUGUAGAACCUGGUCCUAAGGACCCUAACUUGGAACAGCAGCAGGUCAGGCCCACGGAGAAGACUGAGUGUAAAUGCUCAGAAUGCGGGGAGGGCUUCACCCAGAGCUCAGACCUGAUUAGACACGAAGGGACGCACGCAGAAGGAAAGCUCUGUGGCUCUGAGGCUUGUCAGAGUCCCAGGCCUGUGGUACAUCAGAAAGUCUGCUCAAGAGAGAAGGGUCAUCAGUGUCACGAGUGUGGGAAAGCCUUUCAGAGAAGCUCACACCUUGUCAGACACCAGAAAAUCCAUCUUGGUGAGAAGCCUUAUCAGUGCAAAGAGUGUGGAAAGGUCUUUAGCCAGAAUGCAGGCCUUUUGGAACACCUCAGGAUCCAUACUGGAGAGAAACCUUACCUGUGCAUCCAUUGUGGGAAGAACUUCAGGCGCAGCUCCCACCUCAACCGACACCAGAGAAUUCACAGCCAGGAGGAGCCCUGUGAGUGCAAGGAGUGUGGGAAGACCUUCAGUCAGGCCCUUUUCCUCACGCACCACCAGAGAAUCCACAGCCACUCCAGAAGCCAUCGCUGUAACGAGUGCGGGAAAGCCUUCGGUUUGACCUCAGACCUCAUCCGCCAUCACAGGAUUCACACCGGAGAAAAGCCUUUUAAGUGUGCCAUAUGCCAGAAAGCCUUCCGACUGAACUCCCACCUGGCCCAACACGUGAGAAUCCACAAUGAAGAAAAACCCUAUGAGUGUAGUGAGUGUGGGGAAGCCUUCAGGCAGAGGUCGGGGCUUUUUCAGCAUCAGAGAUAUCACCACAAACACAGUCCACCUUGAUGGGGCAUCCUCUCUGCAGGAACAUCAGGGACAGUACGUUGACAAGCAAGCAGCACUUUAGGAAGAGUCACUCCAGCCGGUUCGAGCCUCCGAGAACUCCAGGGGCCAAGCAGGAGGCUCUGCCCCUUCACGUGUGCUCAGCUGCAGAGCACAAUUAUUUGACCCUUGUUGGGACUAUGGGAACAAGCAGAACAGCAUUCUUCACUGUGGGACUUCUCUGAGCCUUUAACUUGGUAAAUGUAUGAUUGCAGACCUCCAAGUAGUAGAGACCCUCAUGAUGGGUGAGGACUUUGAAGUCAGCAGUGAGUCAGCCACGAACCUAUGGAUUUAUAGGCUUGAACGGAGCAAGAACAGGUCGAUACGUUUGCAUCUGCUACAGCAACAGUUAUAAAGUAAAACUAAAGAUGUUUGGAAAUAUCCCACUCUCAAAGGGAUCUUAAAGUGCAGGUUAAGGUUGGCAUUUUCCCCCACUGGCUUUACUAACCACCCCUGCGGGUAUCCCCCCAC